AUGGCUGAAGCGAAGGAACAGCAGCACCAGCAAGAGCAGCAGGGGCCGCUUCUGAAGCUCUCUGUUCAGCACUACCGCAAGGAAGGCGUGUCGGAGGAGGCCUUCACACGAUGGAUUCAAGAAGACCACAUCCGGCGCGCCGUGCGAAUCCUGCAGAAGCACAACGUGGUGCGGUACGCGCAGUACCUCACGCCAUCGGCGGCGCGCGAAAUGUUCCAGGCCGACCUGGCGCACAAGCCUGGUUGGAAACUGGCCGAUUACGAUGCCAUCAUCUCCUACUGGGUGCGCAGCGCCGACGACAUGCGCGGCCUGCUCGCCGACCCCGAGUGGGCCGAGCAGGUCAACGCCCGCGAGACGGAAUGGGCCGACACUGUCAAUGUCGUCACCAUGGCCGGCUUUGAGACGGUGUAUAUUGAGGAUGGUCAGAUUGUCAACACCACCCCGCUCGAGGCCUGAAUGAGUGGAGACGUGGCGCGGUUGCUGUUGGUUUGCUUGUUACUGCAAGGUGAAUGGACAACGGCAGGCAGUUUUGUGUCAAGUGGAGUGGAGUGAGUGUGGACGGUGGACGGCUCUGUCGAUCAUCGGCGCAUUUGAGAAACCAAC